AUGGAAAAUGCCUGCAAGAACCUCAACCAAGUCGUACGCUCGGUGCGGCUGCUCAAGAUCGACGGGUUUAGCUUGACCCUGAGCCUGAGCUCUGAAUAUCGCUUCACAUCCAGAUGGAAUGUCGAUGGGUAUGAUUUGGAAGUUGGUAUCUAUCCUGCAGCCAACCCCUUAUAUCCAGAUGGCAACAAGUUUGUGUCUGUGAGACUAAUGUUUCUCAGUAAAGCCCGCACAGAGUGUGGUGUGCCAGUGAGCCUAGCCUGUCAGCUGGUAGAUCGCAGUGGGGAGCUUGAACCAUUUAAAGAGGACAGUGUGUCGGAGACCUUCUUUGCACCCCACUACUUCAAAGAACUCUUAUUGGUGAAUAGGAAGUCCAUACCAUCUGCUUAUCUCCGGGAUGAUUCUCUGACCCUGCGAUGCGCCAUCACAAUGCUCAAGGAAUUACCAGUACAAACCAUCCCAGCUGAAGAGGUGAUCGCUGUACCAUCCACCAAUUUGCACCAGCACCUCGGCGAGCUCCUGGAGAGCGAGACGGGAGCCGAUGUCACCUUUCUCGUGUGCGAUGAGUCGUUUGCUGCACACAAGGACAUACUUGCCGCAAGGUCUCCGGUUUUCAAGGCCCAGUUCUUUGGAGACAUGAAGGAGAAGUGCUCGCAACGUGUGGAGGUGAAGGACAUGGAGGUGGCUGCAUUCAGGGCCAUGCUGCACUUCAUCUACACCGACACGGUGCCCGAGCUUGAUCAACCGCUCGAGUUGGUGGCGACGCUCGCUCAGCAUCUGCUUGCGGCUGCUGACUGGUACGGUCUCGAUAGGCUCAAGCUGAUUUGUGAAAUGAAGCUCUCUGGUGGCAUCACCGUCGACACUGCAGCAACAACUCUUGCUUUGGCGGAGCAGCACAAUUGCUCGAAGCUCAAGGCCAAAUGUGUCGAGUUCAUCGUCAGCACUCCUGCAGUUCUUGAUGAUGUGUUGGCGACGGAGGGGUAUAGGCACCUGGAGGCAAGCUGCCCUUCGGUCCUGACUGAGCUUCUCAAGUCUGUCCAUGGGAGCCAAGAGUCAACUUCUGGACCAACCUAUUGUUGUCUGAUUUGUAUAACUGUAUGCUUUCCAAGGCACCCUGCAGUAUCCUUGAGAAUAUUUGUGCAGGCCGUCGGCCUCCACUCCAUCAAAGGCCACGUUCCCGUCGAGCUCGCGCUCGACACCGGCGUUCACCGGCAGUGGCGCACCUUCUUCCGUGCCGCCUGUCGCAAGUACGCCCUCCUGGAUCACCUCGACUUCGAUGCUCCCGAUGCGCCGAACCUGGAGUGGUCUCUCCUCGACGCCACCGUCGUCUCUUGGCUCUAUGGGUCUGUCUCACUCAGUAUCCUUGACGCCGUCAUGACGCUCGGCGACGAUCCCCUCGCCGUCGAUCUAUGGAACAACAUCAACGGUCUCUUCAACGACCACAGGAUCAAUCGUCAACUCCACCUCACGGCCGAGCUCGGCGAUGUCAAGAUGGGAGAGAUGUGCCGCUCGUUGCUUGCGCUCCAAGACAUGAAGCACAAAAACCACCGCGCCCGCAACUCGGACAUGGCCCUCUUCACCAACACCGGCAACCCUGGCAAGGCUCCUGGAAAAGGAAAGAAGAAGAAGAAGAAGGCCGCCGCUGGAGUCACCAAGGAGAUCAUCCCGGCGCCCGCGACCCCACAGGCUGCCACUCCUUCCUGGCCCUCACCGCAGCAUCCCUGGAACAGCGCCAUCCAGAUGUGGCCCCAUGGCCAAGGGGGGCUGCUCGGUCGCGCGCCGCCCGGCUACGCCCCUGCUCCCAGCUACGCGCCCCGGCACACCCUGUCGCCGCAUGCGUUCUACGCCCAGAACUGUGACGCCCCCGAUUCAAUCGUACACUAA